AUUGAUUACUUCAACAACCAGAUCAUUGUGGACCUCGUGGAGCAGCCUCACAAAGGCAUCAUCUCUAUUUUGGACGAAGCUUGUCUCACUGUUGGCAAAGUCACAGACACGGUCUGCCUGGAGAGCAUGGACACCAAACUGGCCCAUCACCCCCACUACACCUCCCGCAAGCUCUGCCCCUCUGACAAAACCAUGGACUUCCAGAAACACUUCCGGAUUCGCCACUAUGCGGGCGACGUCAC